UCACAUAUCCAUAGGCUCAAGUUUCGUGUUCUUGAGACCCAUGUUUUGCCUCCGUCGAAUUGUUUCCAACGUUCGACCGACAUGUGAAAAGGCGCGGUCAAAAGCGGCUUGGAGCUGUUUCGUCUGGUCAAUAUAGGCAUUUAUGGCAGCCAGAUUUGCUCCCGAGUCAUCCUCAGCGCCGUGACGUCCUUUCGAAUCAGAAAAGCCCACAUGUUCUUUCAAAGCGUCUUUGUCAAAGAUUUUCUCCAUUUUACUCAUUUGUUUUUGUGUUUCGCAUACCAGGAUCAAGUUUCCCUCAAUUUCAUCACACACAGCAAACAGAUUGUCCAUAGCCUUUAGAUACUCUUUCGAGUUCGAUGGAACGUUGCCAGCACGAAGAUCCUUGAGGGCUUCUCCUGCCCGCCGAUUCAGAUCAAUGAUCGAGAAACGAAGGUCUUUCAUAAUCAGCUGCUUGCUAUGUGCUACAGGGUCUUGUAGAUAAGGAUGCGUCGGCUCUCCUGUGGAAGACGACUGCAGCGCAGGCUGAUUACUUGCAGGUGUACCGGGAGGAACCGAUGCCGGUCCUUGCUGUACAGAUGAGGGUUGAGGUAUGGUUUGCUGAGAUGCAGGAUUCAUGGGAGUAUGUGGUUGCACAGACAUUGGUCCGACAGAGGUUGGACCUCCUGCACUAGCUACCGCAAGCGUUGAACCGGGUGCCUGUGAGCCUGGACCACCACCUGGUGUAAGCUGCUGCUGAAAACGAAAGGAUUCCGGAAACGAAUUGAAGAAGGCACCGAACAAAGAUUUGCCGAAAUGUACCGGUCCAACAGAACUUGUCAUAGGACUUCGAGGUUGUUGCAUCUGCAUGUGCUGUUGAGAAACGUUUUGUAGUGAACUACCCAAUAUUGUAGUUAAUUGUGGUUGAUUGGAAUGCAUGGGUUGUUGACCAAUUGGUUGCUGAGGUUGUUGUGAGAGUUGUUGUUGUACAGUUUGCUGUUGUGGUCCCAACUGUUGUUGUUGAACCAUUUGUUGUUGCUGUUGCUGCAUUCCCAUUUGCUGACCACCCAGCUGUUGUUGCAAGCCCAUUUGCAUCUGCUGCUGAUGCCCCAUCGGGGGUUGCUGUUGCUGUUGCUGAGCUUGCAAUUGUGGCAUUUGCCCCAUUUGUGGCUGCCCCAUUUGCAUUUGUUGCUGCUGUUGUGGUGUAAAGUGCAUUUGCAUUUGUCCUUGCUGUUGAGGCAUCCCUGA